AUGAAUUCUUUCUCUUGGGAGAUACAGGAGGAUCGUUUCGAUGAUGUUGAGUCGGAAAUGGACGAAAAGUUAUCCGCCUACGAAGACGAUCUUUACAUUGAUGACCCCGGAAUCGUCGAGCAUGAAAAAUUAGAUGAAAUAACGAUUACAAAUUAUUCGCCACUGAGGCUGUCUACUAUAGCGGAAGAAUCAAAUAUUGUAGCAGAAGGAAAUGAAAUUGGUGCUCGAAAAACUACGUAUGUUGACUCAAUCUUCGGACCUGGUUUAAGAGAAAAAUUAAGUGGUGAAAAUGAGGAUGUAGUGGAGAGAAGUCCAUCGUUUAAAAGAGGACGAGAAGCUCUUAACAUGCUGCAGCAUGAUCAGGAAUCAUUUUGUAAGCAGCAGCAACAGUUGGUACAAGAUGGUUUUGGUGUCGACAGGCCAUGCCUGGAGAAAGAGAAUAGUUGGGAGCCAUCCAUUCAUUCUUCACUCCCACCAUCACCAAAAAUCUGCGUCAGUGAACUUGCUGCUUUCAACAUGACAGAUUCUCAUUUGAUACCCACCACAUUGCCUCGAAAAGAAACAAAUCAGGAUAUUAAAAGCACACCACCGGGUAUUUCCUCGCACAUGCGACGUUUGAAGAGAAAGAAUGAACCAAAACAGAAUUUUGGCGGACCCAAAAUGUCUACUCCUAAAUCAGCAGAAACUUCGCUUCGAGCUUUAAGUAUAAAUUGCAUCUCAUCAAUUUAUCCGGAAACAACUUCGCCUCAAUCGAUUCGAGGAAUGAAUUUGAAAUUCAGUGGUCCUUUCCCAGUGGCACGCAGAAUGUCCAUGGUCACGGAAGAACCAUCGUUAAGCAGUUCUGCUAUCGAUAGAGUUCUUGAGAAGGAAAAUUUUGACAAUGAUGACGCACUCGUUGAAGCCUUGUUACAAGCUAAAACACGACCUCGUCUGAAACUGAAUUUUCCCGAAGAGAUUGUAGGAAAACGACCUGAAACAGAUGAACAAAUAGAACUUUCUUUAAGAAGGCGUGAAGGAUCAGCUGAUGAUUCUAAUGCUAAUGGUCAUAACCAAAUGAAAAAUGUAACUACCAGAUAUGACCGUUCGGGCAUAACCAACAAAACGAAAAAGCUAAAAACUGUACAAGAGUUGAAUUUAUUGCGAGAGAUUAGUAAUACUGCAGAAGAUUUGUCACAAUCUGCAAAAACGAAGUGGAAAAGUGAGGCAUGCAGUGAUUGCUCGCUUCGACACAUCGAUGCGGAAAAUCAAGGCAAAUUCCUGUCAUGUGAUCAGUCUUUUGUUUAUUUUGGAUUUGUCGAUGUCAAAUGUCGUGUAAAUAGAUCAGUUAGAUUGCGAAACAUCAGCUCAAAAUCAUUGAAUCUCAAGCUACAGUUGCAUAGCAUGAGUAGAGGAUAUGAUUUGUUGGAGCAGGGCAUUAUUGUGUUGAAGCCUCAAGAAAUUCAUUUGGUUCAUGUCAUAUUUCAACCUCCCUUUGGAGCUUGUUUUCAAAAUACUCUAACUAUCAGAGUUCUCAACGCAGAGCAUAUUAAUUAUUCCAUCCCUUUGCUCGGUAGUGGUGGUAUUGCUGCUUUACGCAUUUUAACACAAUCUGGACUCACUAUGCUGCGUGAUGGCUCAUUUGUUCUGACAGCUCAAGGAGUUACAAAUAUUUGUUUCGAUGUUGAAAAUAGGGGUCUAAGAGAUGCAUUUGUGCGGGUGGUUGUAGUAAAUAAAGAGACAAAAAAAGCUAUCAGUGGAUGCACUAUUGCGCCAUCUGACUGUGUUUCCAUCUUGCAUCGCAGCAAACAAAAGUUUAGUAUUGAGGUUCCUUCCCUCUGUGGCGAAGAAAACAAUGGUAAUUCAAAUCCCUCAUUUCCUUUCUCUUCGUUUUCAAUGCCUUUAGUAGCAGGGAACACUCAAUACUAUGUUCAGCUGCUGUGGGGCGAAGAAGCACAAAGACGUCGACUUAAAAGAUAUGAAAAUAUGAAAUGUGCGAAUUUUGCUUUCAAUGGGCUUACUUUUACGAAAUGUAAAUUCAUAAAUGAAAUGGAAUGUAAAUCUACAGCUUCCGAAGAUGCUUUUUAUGGUCCUUAUGAUCGUGAUGCCUUCGAAUUGGGAUUGAGAAUAACUUUGAUAUCGGUUGUGGAUAAUCGGCUUUCCUUGUUAUCCCGGAAUAGUUGUCUUCCGCAUAGGGAAAUCCAUACUGAAAGUGUCAUUCUCGAACCAAAUGCAGCCUUGUCACCAACAGUUGGCAACAAAAGUGUUGUGGAGGACGUUUCUACCAUUUUUACUGCUAGUCGUGUGUUAUAA